UACGAGGUUUCAUAUUGCAGCAAUGAGUACUAAAAUUAAAUUGUUAGUCGCAAUAUUAUACAGUUUCCUGAUUCAACAGGUAACAAUGGAUGACGACGAAUGCAUUAAUGCUACUGCAUCGGUUAACGAAAUCAAAGCCUGUUGCGAUAUUCCGAACCCCAUAGAAAUGGAACAUAUCGGGGGGUGCCUCGAAAAGUACAAAAACCUGGAUGAUGACAAACCUAGCAUGAUUGCGUGCGUCUAUCAAUGCCACGCAAUGGAAUUGAAUGUGGUGGAUGAAUCCGGAGUCGACAAAGAUAAAUUACUAGAAGUGGUCAACCAAAUUGUGGAAAGCGAGGUCAAAGCGGUCGUACUGAGUGCCAUUGAUCCGUGUAUCGAGAGUGCCCAGCCGCAAGCCAAUGCGGAGGUCCAAAGUCAGUUCAAGUGCAGUCCGUUAGCCUUGCUACUUAAUGAAUGCAUAGUGCGGGAGGUCUAUGCACACUGUCCGGAGAAACAUUGGUCUGAUGCUGAAAUUUGCAGUAAAAUAAGAUCGCAGGAUGUGAAGAUAUGCGAAUAAAGACCUUGAACCUUGGAGAAUCAUACAGCUUACAGGAUAUUAGAGAUUAUGAAAAAUGUCAUAAUAUUAAAAAACAUUGUGCUACAUUGAAUUACACGAGAAGGGUUGGUAUUUUAUUCGAAUUGAGUGACAAACAUUACUCAUUGCUAGUAGAUUGUCCGCCUAUUUAUCUGAAGACCAAAAUUUGUGAACAAUCGACAUUCUUCAGAAUUUAAUGGAAUUAAGAGAGAAGAAAUUA